AAAAAUGUUUCGUAACGUCGCACGGACAUCAUUACGCAGAGCUUUGCAUACCUCUGUGCCGCGCGCGAACGCGACCGUUUCGCGACGCGGAAUUGCUCUUGCGCUCGCGACGACCUCUGCCACGGCUUACUUUGGCUGGCGGAUAGCUUCAGGCAGCCAGGGUAUUGCUCUUGAUAUGGAGAAUCCAGCGUCCGAAAAGCCCUCUUCAUCUCCAAAACUCUCUGAACCCACCACUUCCACCACUCCCUCCACGUCCAGUCCACCCUCCUCAACACCAGAUGCAGAGACUACCGUCGAAGCUAUUGCUACCGAAGCUGAAUCGGAAGAGGGAGAAUCCCAAGGAGCCUUCGACCCCGUCACUGGCAAGAUUAACUGGGACUGUCCGUGUUUAGGAGGAAUGGCCUAUGGUCCGUGUGGGAUGCAGUUCAGGGAGGCAUUCUCGUGUUUCGUGUUCUCUGAGGAUGAACCGAAAGGAAUAAAUUGUGUGGAUAAGUUCAAGGCGAUGCAGAACUGCUUCAGGGAGAAUCCGGAAGUUUAUGGUGAAGAAAUCAUGAACGACGAUGAUGAUGACGAACAAGACGCCACCACCCCAUCCUCAGCCGACACUCCUACUUCCGCCGACACCACGCCUGCAUCCCUCGCCGCUCAGGUGGACUCACCAUCGGCCGCUACCGCUGAAAAGGCUACCGCCAUCAGCUCGACAGCUACCUCCUCAUAGACAUCAUACAUUCGCAUACUAUGUCAUCGUGGUCGACGGCCUUCGGCCUCAUCACUACAUUUGCUCCGCCCGCUCAUAUAUCUUAUAUUCGACUAUCAUCACCACUCAGUGCAUAUGCAUAU